AUGACUCCUCAACGGCUAUUACUCUUUGGGGACCAAACGGCGGAGAAGACCCCGUCGCUACGUCAGCUCCUCAGAUUGUCUCACAACUCACAUGCCCUUCGUCGGUUCCUCCGUGAAUCCACAGAUGUCCUUCAAAACGAAGUCAGGAAGCUUCGACCUGAAUCGCGGAAUUGGUUUCCGGCUUUUGAUGAUCUUCUAUCACUCGCUGAACGAUGUGAGAAAGAAGACGAUAGUAAGGCUGAAGCCAUCAUGACCCCAUUGAUCACGAUCGUGAGGCUGGCCGAACUUAUACUCCACGUCGAAAAUGAGCCUGCAAUUUUAGAUAGCUCUUUCAGCCAGAUUCAUAUCCUUGGACUUUGUACUGGCCUUAUUCCUUCGGCUGCUGCAGCGUGUUCGAAGGCAGGAACAGAACUUCACCAGAUUGCGCUUGAAUUGGUGGCAAUUUCUGUACGACUUGGCGACGCUAUAGUUGAGCGCUCGAGGGCCAUAGAUUCAACACUAGGCACUUGGGCGUAUAGUAUUGUUGGAGCGACUGCUGCUAAGACUCAAGUCAUAUUGGACCAAUUUCAUAAGGCAAGGGACAUCCCAAAAUAUAGACGUGCAUUCGUUGCUGUAACGUCUCGGACGUGGGUCACAGUUUCCGGCCCGCCUUCGACAUUAGCUGCUUUAUGGCUGGAUUCUCCAGAAUUGGCUCUAGCACCGAGGAUGAAAUUAGCUGCAAAUGCGGCCGUUCACGCAUCGCAUCUAUCACCACUGGAUGCAGAUGCCAUUCUUGGGCACUCCACCAUAUUGAACGCACCAUGUAUCUCAGGGACUCGGAUUCUGUCUACCAGCACAUUUCGCCUCUUUCAAGCCCAUGAUUUGCGAUCCCUACUCACUCAAAUGCUUCCCGAUAUCACGCAAAAUACCUUGUGUUUGACCGAGACCGUCAAGUCUCUGACCGAAAAUAUCUUGGCAGCCGGAAAGGAAGUGGAAAUAGUAGUGGUAGGACCUACAGCUCAUACAAAAAUGUUAGAAAAUGCUUUGCAAGAAGUCUCUAUCAAGAUCAAGAGAUUCAGCGAGCUUGCAACGAAAAGUACGACACAACCUGUACGUGAAGGCUCUGGAAAGAUUGCCAUUGUAGGUAUGUCAGGCAGAUUUCCCGGCAGUGAAAGUCUUGCCGAAUUUUGGGAGAAUCUGAAGGAAGGAAAGGAUUUUCACGAGAAGGUACCUUCUUCUCGAUUCAAUCUGAAUGAUCAUUAUGACCCCUCAACAGCAAUGAAAAGCUCGAUGACAACUGAACAUGGCUGUUUUCUUCGGGAACCUGGCUUGUUCGAUUGUCGCCUAUUCAAUAUCUCGCCCCGAGAGGCUAUCCAGAUGGACCCGGUCCAACGCUUGCUUUUAAUGACAAGCUACGAGGCAUUAGAGAUGGCCGGCUACGCACCUGGUCGAACUCCAUCAUCAGAGCCUAAGCGGUUGGCAACAUACAUGGCUCAAACGACUGACGACUGGAGAGAAAACAAUCAAUGUGCUGGUGUCGACAUUUACUACGUCCCAGGUAUCGUACGUGCCUUCACACCAGGCCGUAUAAACUAUCAUUUCAAAUGGGAAGGCGCAUCUCACAGUGUAGAUGCAGCUUGUUCGGGAAGUUCCACCGCAGUACAACUCGCCUGUCGCGCCCUUUUAGCCCGAGAAUGCGAUACUGCUCUUGCUGGAGGGGGACAGGUCAAUACGGCCCCUGCAGCUUUCGCCGGGUGCGGACGUGGGGGGUUCCUGUCUCCUACAGGUCAAUGUAAAACCUUCCACGACGAUGCAGAUGGCUACUGCCGUGGAGAGGCUGCAGGUGUCGUGGUUCUGAAACGUCUUGAAGAUGCGAUCGGGGAUAACGACAAUGUCAUAGGCAUCGUCGAUGGUUCGCUGCGUACCUAUUCUGCUAAGGCGGCUUCAAUCACUCAGCCUCAUGGCGAGUCGCAGGUCAAUAUCUUGCAGACACUUAUGCGAGAAGCUGGCAAGGAUCCCAAAGACAUCAGCUAUGUCGAAAUGCAUGGCACAGGAACACAAGCCGGCGACUAUGCUGAAAUGAAGUCAGUAGCAGAAGUCUUCGGUCCAACACGUACUGCUGGUAAUCCUCUGACUGUAGGAGCAGUCAAGGCGAACGUGGGACAUAGUGAAGCGGGAGCUGGCAUAACUUCCUUGAUCAAGUGUAUCCUCAUUUUACAGAACGGUGGUAAAAUACCACCUCAGCCAGGGAUGCCGUUCAAAUUGAAUCAUAGAUUUCCAGCAUUGAACAAAAUGCAUAUUAAAAUAGCUGGUAGCACAUCCAGCAACCAGUCUCGUCCAUCAGUCACCGACAGAGUGAAGGUCCUCUUGAAUAACUUUGAUGCCUCGGGCGGAAAUACUUGCUUGUUGCUCGAACAAGGACCAGUAAAACAACCAAAACCAAAAGAUCCCCGCAUAUACCACACAAUCGUCUGUUCCGCACGAACGUCGCGAUCGCUUAGAGGAAACCUUCAGCGACUACUCGAAUUUCUCAAAAAGAAUGAAGAGACGAGAUUGUCCGACAUUGCAUAUUCAAGCACAUCACGUCGCAUGCAGGAAACUUUGCGUGUCUCUUACGUCGCUAGAAGCAUAAAGGAGCUGAAAAGACAUCUUGCGAUGGACUUACAGAAGGAUACCAACCUCAAAGCAGCAUCUUCUGGUCCUCGCACCCCUGUCGUCUUCGCAUUUCCUGGGCAAGGUUCAUUUACUGGUGGCGUAGCAUCAAAGCUCUUUGAAAGCUGCCCGCGCUUCCAUGACAACAUUCUACUAUAUCAAAACAUAUCCGAAUAUCAUGGAUUUCCAAACAUCAUAGACCUCAUUGCUCAAGCAAAUGUGGAACUGGAAACAAAGACUAUCAUACAGGUCCAAUUGGCGCUAAUAUUCUUGGAACUUGCCUUGGCUGAUUUGUGGAGAUCUUGGGGCAUCAUACCUGAUUUAGUCAUCGGCCACAGCAUUGGAGAGUACAGCGCCUUAUGCGUGGCCGGCGUUCUUUCCGUCAGUGAUACAAUCUACCUCGUUGGCCAGCGUGCCAAGUUAAUGGAAACCAAAUGUGCAGCGGAUGCCAGCGCCAUGCUUGCAAUCAAUGGACCUGUCGAGUCGAUAUCUGAUAUCAUAACUGAGGAGGCUUGCGAAAUAUCCUGCCUCAAUGCCCCUGACAUGACUAUUCUUGGCGGCACUAAAAAUAUUCUGGAAAAGACAAAGAUCAAGAUGCAAUCAGCAGGGAUGAGGACCAAGUUUCUUCCAGUGUCACAUGCAUUCCACACUUCUCACAUGGAUCCAAUCCUUGGAGAUUUGGAGAAGAUCGCAAAUCGCAUUCCAUUCAGUGCCCCUCAGGUUCCAGUCGCCUCGACACUAAAGGGCAAAAUUGUGCGAGAAGCGGGAGUCUUUUCACCAUCGUACUUAGUGCAACAUACUCGAGAGUCAGUAAAUUUCUUGGAGGCUCUACAAUCAAUCAAAGCCGAGACUGCGAGUAACCCACAGACCUUGUGGAUGGAGAUGGGACCAGAAGCCACAUGUCUUGGCCUGAUUCGGUCGACUUUACAGACACCCCCAUCGACAAUGAUGCCUAGCAUUAAGUCUAAUGAAGAUAACUGGAAGACCAUCUCGACGUGUGCAUCGAAACUUUACACUUUUUUUGCACCAAUUUCUUGGCAAGAAUUCCAUUGCGACUAUUUAGAUGCCUUGAGCUUGGUUCAACUUCCGUCCUACAGCUUCGACUUGAAAGAUUACUGGACAGUCUAUGAGAAGCAAGCACCCACACGCGUUCUGAACCAAGCCAAGGUUGAGCAUGGGUCAACGUCAGGGGCUCAACGCGGCUUUCUUGGUUUGACAUGUCUACAGUACGUAGACGAAGAGUCGUAUGACAAUGAUCGAGCAUUUUUCGCCUUCUCCUCAUAUACGGCAGAACCGAAGCUCUUUAAGGCUAUUCAAGGUCACCUUGUAGAUGGUACAGCAAUAUGCCCCGCAAGUGUUUUUUGCGACAUUGCUUUAUCCGCGGCUCGGUACGCCUACAUGACUGCAAAGGCAGGCACAUCAGAACCUCAUAUGUCGAUAGGGGACAUGCAGAUCACUCACCCGGUCGUCGUGACCGAAAAGAACCCAAAACAAGUCCUUCGCAUACUGGUCGAGAAAGCGGGUGAUAAGUGGUCCAGUGUCCUCGUCACCUUUGAAUCGAACAAUGGGAAAGCAGAUCAUGAUCAUGGAUCCUGCAGAGUCGAUUUUGGUGCAGACGAUAAUUGGAAGACAAUCUUUUCAAGAACAGUACCUCUAGUGCAGAGGAGAAUGGAGGACUUGAAAAAAUCCGCUCUUGCCGGACAGUGUCAUCGUUUACAGCGAUCAGUGGUCUACAAGCUCUUCGCCAAUCUGGUAGAGUAUGGUGAAGACUACCAAGGCCUACAGGAGGUUUAUAUGGACGACGCUAUCGGGGACGCCGUCGCAGAAGUCAAACUUGAAGCAUUGAGCAAUGCUGGAGAGUUUACGCUGUCUCCAUACUGGAUGGAUAGCGUUGUCCAUCUGGCAGGAUUUGUACUAAACGGUAACAUCACCUCAACCAAAGACAUCGCAUUCAUCUCCGCUGGGUUCGAUAGUUUCCAUCUAUUUGAAAGUCUCUCGACAGACAAGAGGUACCUCAGCUAUGUCUCUAUCCAGCCCACAGACAAGAAAGAAUGCAUCGUCACAGACGUGUAUCUCUUCGAAGGGAACAAUCUAGUUGCACUCUGCGCUGGUCUUAUCUUCCAUAAGAUGUCUACAGCGGUCAUGAGAGUCAUCUUCGGUUUCGGAGACAAACCUUCUUCCACUUUGCAGGAACCACGUCAACCCGCGAUCAAAGUUACAAAUAAGGUGCAAAGGAAAGUUGAAGUCAGCAGUCACACCACCGAAACUCAAAUGCAGCACGAGUCUCAAGAUAAGCCUACCGAGAACAAUGACAAGUCAGCCGUAGUCGAUAGCGUUCUGGAGAUCGUAGCCACCGAAUGCGGCUUUGCGCUUGAUGACAUGGAGCCUACCACACCUUUUGCGGACAUGGGAAUUGACUCCCUGAUGAGUAUCGCUAUAACGUCAGCUGUGCAGAAGAAGACUGGCGUCGAACUUGGCGCAUCUUUCUUCAAAGACAAUCCCUUGGUCGAGGAUUUACGUCAGUAUCUAAUGCCUUCAGAUCAACAGCAGCCAGAAGACCCUAUCAAUGCUCCCGUGUUGGGUAGCAAUAUUCAGAUCCCUGACCUGACCGAGGACAGCUCUGACGCGAUUUCUUCCGGUGCUGCAUCUCCAUCAUUUACACCAAUUGAGGGCGAUCCACUAGUGAAAAUCACAACGAGGGCAACAACUCCAUCUCUAGAUGGAGAGAUAUCUGAUAACGAGCUAGAGCAGAUACACAAGCCGGACAUCAGCAUUCUCGAAUCCCAAGACAUCUUCAAAGAUAAGCUAUCAAUCUCUCCGCCCAAAGCAGAGCAGCAAUACGAAAGUCAGCCUGUUCUCAUCAGAGGUCGACCGACAUCUGGGCAUCCACCUCUCUUCCUCGUCGCCGAUGGAGCCGGCUCCGCAACGGCUUACAUUCACAUUCCACGCUUGUCGAUGGGCAAUGCUAUCUACGCACUCGAGUCGCCUUUCCUACAUGACCCAGAAUCAUACAAUUGUACCGUUGAAGAAGUAUGCGAACUCUAUGUCACUGCCAUCCGCAGAACAUCACCAAACGGUCCUUAUCUUAUAGGAGGCUGGUCUGCAGGUGCUGUCUACGCUUACGAAGUCGCGCGACAACUGCUCGCCCAAAAGGAAACCAUCAUCGGGCUGAUUCUCAUCGACAUGCGUGUUCCACGGAAAAUGCCCGAUGCGUUGGAGCCAUCGAGGGAACUCAUUGCCUCGGCAGGUGUCUUUACUGGGAUAGAGCGAAGCGGACAGGCUAAGUCAUCGACUGGUGGGAAAAUGAGAGAUCACCUGGUCAGCACCGUCUCCGCACUUGUUCAAUACGAUCCCGUACCUCUUCCUCCUGGCAAUAGACCUGUGAAUAAUUUCUUGAUCUGGGCGCAAAAAGGCUUGAGUGAGACUAGGAAGGAGGAUCCAUUCAUGACCAAUGGGCAUCAAGACCGAUCGCAAAAAGUUUCUUCAGAAGAGGGCAACAACAUGGAGGAUUCCGACACUGGCUUGAAGUCGUGGUUUUAUGAUGCGAGGUCCGUCUUUGGGCCAAAUGGGUGGGAUAGACUGCUUGGUGACGUUGAAUGCCAUGUCAUCGAGGGCGCGGAUCAUUUUGAUAUGGUGACACCGCCAAAUGUUGAAUUGUUGGGCAAAGUCUUGGAGGCAGCAGUCAAGAAAAGCAUGGGGAGUGCUACAUAG